AUGUUGUACACAAAGCUUGCCUCGGACAUCAAUGAGGUCGAUGUCAUCGUGGCUGGAGGCGGCACGGCCGGGUGCAUCGUGGCCGGACGGCUCGCGGAAGCGGACCCGACGCUCUCCGUCCUCGUGAUCGAGGGUGGCGCCAAUAACCACAACGUCCCCAGCGUCCUGGCGGACCGCGAGCCCAUCGUGCCCUCGGGCGGCACUUUGGGUGGUGGUUCGUCCAUCAACUUCAUGAUGUAUACCCGUGGCCAGCGCGAAGACUUUGACGCUUGGAACACGGAAGGCUGGUCCUCUGACGAACUGAAGCCCUACCUAAACAAGUUUGAAAACUACCACGGCCCCGGCAAAAGCGAAGACCACGGCCGCAGCGGUCCCAUCAACGUCUCCCGCGGCACAUACCGCGCCCAAGUCUCCGAAGACGACUUCAUCCAAGCCGCCAACCAGGUCGGCUUCCCCGAGAUCGAGGACCUCCAGAGCCUCGACACCAACAACGGCAUCCAGCGCUGGCAGCGCUACAUCUGCCCCGAGGGCAAGCGCCAGGACACCGCCCACCGCUACAUCCACCCCAAGCUCGAAAAGGCCGACCAGUACCCCAACCUCCACGUCAUCGUCGAAUCCAAGGUCGUGCGCGUCCUGCUCGACGACAACAAGCGCGCUGUCGGCGUCGAGUACAUCACCAACCCGGAGUUCCAGCCCCAGGGCAGCGCCGCCAACUUCCAGCCGUCCAAGCAGACGGUCCGCGCGAGGAAAUUGGUCGUCGUGUCGUGCGGCGCGUGCGGUACCCCGGCGUCCUCGAGCGGUCCGGUAUCGGAAACCCCGAGGUGCUCGAGAAGGCGGGUGUCCCUGUUGUCGUCGACCUCCCUGGUGUUGGUCAUGACUAUCAGGAUCACAAUUUGGUCCUCCCCCUAUAGGACUAACCUGGCCCCGGACCAAACGAUCGAUGGCCUCCUCGGCGGCCGCGUGGAUGCGGCGGAGCUGAUCAAGAACAAGGACAAGCUACUUGGCUGGAACGCCAUCGACAUCUCAUCCAAACUUCGGCCAACCGAUGCGGAAGUCGAAGCCCUGGGUCCCGAGUUCAAGGCGACGUGGGACCGUGACUUCAAGGAUGCACCCAACAGGCCACUCAUGUUGAUGGGUCUCGUUUCUUGCUUCCUCGGUGAUCCCACAGCCGUCCCAACCGGCCAAUACGUCAGCGUCGGAAACUACACCGCGUACCCCUACUCCCGCGGCCACAUCCACAUCACCGGCGCCGACGUCAGCGACCCGCUCGAUUUCGACGUCGGCUUCUUCACCGACAAGGACGACAUCGACCUGAAGAAGCAGAUCUGGGCGUACAAGAAGUCCCGCGAAAUCAUGCGCCGCACCAAGAUGUACCGCGGCGAGGUCGCCCUCGGCCACCCCAAGUUCCCCGCCGGAUCUCCGGCCGCCUGCGUCGAGCUGGACGCCGAGCUGUCCGACGUGAAAGACAUCGAGUACUCCGCCGAGGACGACAAGGCCAUCGAGCAGUGGCUCCGCGAGAACAUUGGCACGACGUGGCACUCUCUCGGGACCGCCAAGAUGGCGCCCCGGGACAAGAGGGGCGUCGUGGCGUCCAACCUCGACGUGCACGGCGUCCAGGGUCUGAAGCUCGCCGACCUGAGCGUGCCGCCCGAGAACCUCGGCGCGAAUGUGAACAACACGGCGCUUCUCAUUGGCGAGAAGGCGGCUGAUAUCAUAAUUAAGGAAUUGGGCCUGGCGGCCUAG